UACACUCUGAUUCUUAGUUAUAUAACAGUCUGUAGCCAAAGACUAGAAGAUACCGAACUUCUGACUGUGUUGUUUAUCCCGACUUCAGGUUUCAAAAUGGAGAGGCGAGGACAGCUUUGUGGUUUCCUUUUCUACCUGAUCGUGACCAGUACUGCUGCCAUCGAGACCCUGAAAGACAUUAAGGACUUGAGAAGCACAAGAACAGCUUUGAAAGAAUUCCCACGACAUGGCCUCAUGCUCCUGCACUGGUUUGCUAACAACGUCGAAGUUGAUUCAAGUGGAGAGAUGCAACUUCAUUUCGACCCAGGACAAGGCAGCUAUGGAUUACACUGCUAUAAAGAUAUUGUCCCUGGAGUGCCUUUCGACUCUUCUGAAAGCCUUUUUUACUCUUUGGGUGACCUCGAUCGCGGAAGCGCUCGAAUGUUACCGUUCUACGUCACGUACGAUUUCCAUCAUUCGACGGAAUCGCCUGGGAAAAACCUGGACCGAGUGCUGAUUCGAGUCCAGAAGAGCAAUCCGACAAAAAUCGAGAAGGUGUAUAUAACAGAAUAUCAUAAGGACGACAGCCAAGGAAGCAACUACGAUCCAGAUUGGACCUAUGAGAUCAGUCCUCAGCUCCUGAUUCAAAUUCAAGAACUCGGCACUGAUCUAAAAUGUGAUUCAAGCGAUCCUAGACUAAACUUUAGCCUGUGUGAGUUCUUGAAUCACCAACAAAAGGCUGCCAAAGUAUUAACGAUAUAUCCAAAUGUUCCAGGUCUGGAAUGGUUUUUGACUCUGGCUGGUUACGACAUAGACUCGAGGUUUGAUGUAUUUUCACGAGCAUCAUUCUACGCAACGAACCCACCUUCUAAUCCAAAUGCUAACGGCUCUCGACCCUCCGUAGGUAUCAGUGACGUCAUGGGCAACAGAGCAAAACUAGAGGUGAAAUCCACUUCAGGAGGGUAUGCAAAGAUCACAUGGAGCGGAAUACCCGAGAACGUCGCAAGAACGAAGGUAAAAAUCGGCCUUUAUGAGGGCAGAACCAAUACAAAACCUUUGAAAGAUUAUCCACUGAACGGAAGGACGUACGGAUCCAUAGACACCAGCGUGCCUCUAAAUCCUGGCCUUCAGGUACAGCUUGUACAGAGUGAACAGACAAGUUACUACAUUUUUUUCACAACCACGUCCUACACGGCUGUCUGGAAAGGUCCAGAGCUCGACGAAGCCAACGGGAUUCCUCCGGUUAAUAUCAGAGGUUAUCAGGGCGGCCUGCAGCUUUAUACUAAACAUGGCUACGCCUGUGCCAGACUCUACAUCAAGAAAACCUUCAUAAACUGGAAAAACGUCUUCAACAAUGCUUGGGUGGGAUUCUAUACGAGCAAGGCAGAUGAUAAUGACAAAUACAAACAAUACGCAUGGAGUAAAUCCUUUGAGAAGAUUUCAGAAGAUGGCUGCCCUUUGGGUUUUGAGAUUUAUCAGUAUGAGUCCAGUGUGAAUAUCGGCCCUGGAGUCCAGGCUCGAUUCAUGUUGACCACGCAUUACAGUAGUGAGAAAGCCCGAACUGCACCAUGGGAGGAAUUGUCAACUUUUAAACAAUAACCAACCUUCUACGUCUACGUUUUCUAGACUAUGAUCUCUUUAUAAACAGGAUUUUCAGACAAUAGCUAAACUUCUAAGGGUUAAGUUCACAAAUACGUCUACUAACAUGUCUAAUGUGAACUUCUAAGAGUUUUUCUAGACCCUUCGUCUUUGUGCCUCUGGAGCAUGAGCAUAGCCGACCACCAAAUUUCACCUAUUUCAAAUAGCUAGGUUUUCUAGGUUACAAGAUGUGUCUCGGUAAAAAAAAUAAAAUAAAAAAGGUCUAAUACGUCUCAGUUUUCUCGACGUUAAGUCUUUGCGCCUUGAGACGAAUCUCCAACCGUCAAACAAUAGCCAAACGUCUAGGACUAGCUUUUCGAGACUUCAAACGAGAGCUAGUUUCUCUAGAUCCUGAUCUGGUUGUCCUAAUUUUUUCUUCCUGAACAUUAACAGUCCUUGUCAGUUUUAGUCUGUUCUCAGUUCUGUGUGUUUCUGUUUUUACUCGCAUGCAGCUUCUUUCUCCGUAUCGAACACAGCAGUUUCAGGUCAAAUGAAGCAACCUCUUGGGUCUAUAACUAGAAUUAGCCUGCUUGUAGAACUGAUCCAAAUCCGUCUUUUGUCUUGUCAUGACAGAAUUCUUAUAUAAUGCGCUUUUGCAAUAUUAACCAACAAAUUAUCUCCACUCCGAGGACACCACUCCAAUUUUAUAGAUGAAAUUUCUUGCCAGGAGUCUGGGCAUACCACCAAAUCGAAACCCUCUCGAUGCCGGUUGAAAACAGAUCUCGCAGACGAAUCCGUAGUGACACCGGCCUGUUUGUUUAAGAGUCCUUCCUCCUGCAUGACAACGAUCUACGUCGGUCGAGAAGGGUUACGGGAUCGCUAGUCGUCCCAUAACGAGCGGUUCUUGUUGUCUAACAUUAGAUUAUUAGUACGUACUAACAAUAAUUACUUUCCUUGUCUAAGCCUUUUUUUAUAAAUAUCAUUUGAUAUGACAUUUAUAUGGCUCCAUGUACCAAAUAAAUCUAUAAAAUGAUA